CAAAAAUUUUCUAUAAACGUCAUUUUUCUUAUAAAUAUAUUUAUUUCAAACUUUGCAUUUAAAAAAUAUGGCAACAAUAAUUAAGGAUAUAACAUUACAAGAAAACAUUCCCCAAAAUAUACUUUUCGAAAAACAUAUCGACUUCAUAAAGGAAUACGGCCAGAAGGAAAACAACUUUGAAUAUGCAAUGACCGACUAUUUGAGGAUAUCCGGCAUGUAUUGGGGCCUUACGGCCCUCGAAUUGAUGAACGCCUCGCCCCCGCACACGAUAGAAGAGAUUUCAGAUUACAUUAAACAUUGUCAAGACCCCGAAAGCGGUGGAAUAAGCUCGUGCCUCAAUCACGACCCUCACAUACUGCACACACUGAGCGCCGUGCAGAUACUCUGCAUGUACGACAAUUUAAAAGCCAUCGAUGUGGAGGGCGUCGUGAAGUACGUGAAAAACCUACAGUUACCCAACGGUAGCUUCACGGGGGACAAAUGGGGCGAAGUGGACACGAGGUUCUCCUUCUGCGCCGUCGCCACGUUGUCUCUUUUAAACAGAAUGGACGCUAUUGACGUGAAUAAAGCAGUCGACUUUGUAGCUUCGUGUAAAAACUUCGAUGGCGGGUUCGGCUCGAGGCCUCUUUCCGAAAGCCACGCCGGUUUAAUAUACUGCUGCUUAGGAUUUUUAUCUGUUACCAAUAGGUUGGAUAUAGUGGAUCGAGACAAGCUCGCUUGGUGGCUGUGCGAACGACAACUACCUUCGGGGGGUUUGAACGGACGCCCGGAGAAGCUGCCCGACGUGUGCUACUCCUGGUGGGUGCUGUCCUCUUUAACGAUACUAGGCAAGCUGCAUUGCAUCGAUGCCAACGCUUUGAAGAAAUUCAUAUUGGCCUGCCAGGACACGGAGAGCGGAGGCUUCGCUGAUAGACCUGGGGACAUUCCAGACCCUUUCCACACCGUAUUCGGAAUAUCGGCGCUUUCCUUACUGGGAAACGACACGGUCCAGAAAGUUAAUCCCACUUACUGCAUGCCCCAGCAUGUCAUCGACAGGCUCCAAUUGAAGCCUCAAAUUUUAGAUAAUUAGUUUGCUCGUAGGUGUGAAUGUAUGUGUGAUAUUUAGGACCAAUAA